AUGACCGCUCCCAUCCCAGAGACAACUGGCAAGAUACCGUUCACCUUCCAGGGCGAGACCUACUCGACCUGGUACAAGGUCGUCGGCGACCUCAAGGCCGGCGGCCGCCCGCUCGUCACUCUGCACGGCGGGCCCGGCUUCUCGCACCACUACAUGCUCCCGCACGCGCAGCUCGCGUCCGAGCUGAACAUCCCCGUCGUGUUCUACGACCAGAUCGGCAUCGGGGAGUCGUCGCACCCGGAGAAGGGCAAGGGCGCGGGGAAGGAGGGCUUCUGGACGAUGGAGGUCUUCAUGGACGAGCUCGACAACCUGCUGGUGCACCUCGGCAUCGCGGACGACUUCGACUUGCUGGGGCACAGCUGGGGCGCGUUCCUCGCGGUGCACUAUGCGAGCAACCGCGUCCCGAAGGGGCUGAAGCGCCUCGUGCUCGCGGAGGGGACGUGUUCGAUGGAGCUGUGGAUCAAGGGCACGGACGCGCUGAAGCUGAAGCUGCCCGAGGAUCUGCAGAAGGUGAUGAGGGAGCAUGAGGAGAAGGGCACGACGGAUAGCAAGGAGUACCACGAUGCGAUGGAAGUCUGGUUUGCGAAGCACAUCUGCAAGAUGAACCCGCUCCCGGAGCUGCUUGCGAAGAGCUUUGGUGCGAUGGGGGAGGAUUCGACGGUCUACGGCGCGAUGAUUGGUGCGUCGGAGGUCUGCUGUACCGGGACGCUCAAGACGUGGUCCUGCAUCGACCAGCUGCACAACAUUAAAGCACCGACACUGCUCCUCAACGCGCCUGAGAGUGAAGCACAAGAUGUGAACCAAUGGCCGAUGUUCCACAAAAUCACGAAGGUGAAGUGGGUGCAGUUCGCGAAGAGCACGCACCUCGCGCAGUUCGAGGAGCCGGAGCGGUACCUUGAGGUAGUAGCCGAGUUCUUGAAGGUGUAG